UCCUUCUCUCUUACUUCCUGAUGUGCACACACGGUGUGUGAUUAUGUUGAGCUGAGGUGCGACUUGAUCGUAAAUUCCAAAAAUGAAUCAAGAAAGUGGAAACAACUUUUCAAAGUCAUUUGAAACUAUUUAUAGCAGUAAAAUUGAAAAUACAGAUUACGAAGACGAUAAAUUACAGGAAAUGACAACAUCUUAUUCAGAAAUAUCUUUUGAUUCACCACCUCCGUCGAGUUUGAGAUCACUGGUUAAUUCGCCUGAUGUGGAUAAAUCAGAAGAAAAUUACAAAAUGUUUAAUAGUACAUGUGUAAGACCCGAUCAUUUGGAUUUAAAAAGGAACAAUGAAUUUGCUUAUUACGAAAGUAAUUCCAAAAAAUAUUAUAAGGCAGCCGAUUAUUUGAUGUCAGAAGGAACUGUAAUGAAAGAUGGUGAUCUGGUAUUAUUUGUCGCUGAAGAUUUAGAAAACAAAAUUAAACUGUCCAGUCCUAUUGCCAAGAAAAUAGUUGUUCAAGACUUAACAGAUACAAAAAAUCAUAUAUCACAUCUUCAAAAAUUACCCUUGGAAGAGCAAUUAUAUGAGAUAGAUCCAAACAUUUUAAACGAGUUAGAAAAUGAAGCUAGAGGAGUAGCAACAUCAGUUGAUUCAAUUACUGAAAGUUUGUCAGCAAUUUUACACAGUGCUUCUGCUUUGACAGUUGGCUGUUUGGAAACAUAUAGAGAUGCCGUGUGCAAAACAUGCGAUACUAUCGAUUUCAAUAUAAAAUCAAUCUAUCAAUUGAUGGCUAAAAGUGAAGAAUUAUCAAAGUCAAUGAAAAUUAUUUAUACAAAAUCUGAGAAAAUAAAAGACCUGAAAAAAAUGGUGGAUCUGUUCGAAUCAACAAUGAUCUAGUACAUAAUUCUGUACAUUUGAAUUAAAGAAUAUUAAUGGAUAAAUCUAGUUUCCACAACAUUUUUAAUGGUAAUCGCUUGUGCUGCAUCCAAAUAACUGAGCGUAUUGUAACUGUUAUUUGUUUACGGAAAUAAAAAUAAGCUAAAAGCUAUUAUAAUAGCAUUAUAACAGUAUUAUAAAUAUAUCUACUGCAUCUAUGUAAUAUUUUGAUUAGUUAUUUUUCUUUUCCAUUUAGACUUUGGUUUUUUUCUGGAUAAUAAAAGCAACUCCUAACAAUUGCAAAUUUUGUGCAUUACAGAUAUAAUUGCUUAGUAGUGUCAGUUGAUUUUUUGAAAUAUAAUAUCUAUAUGUAUAUUGUAAUAGGUUUAAAAGAUAACAUUGACAAUAUUUUAUUCUAGAAAGAACAUUUUAUUAUGAAAAAAAAAAAGUUGAAUAAAGAGUUUGAAAUAUUCCAAGAAUUAAGGCAUUACGAUUGAAUGCCAUAAAAUUAACUGUAUCGAAGAAGUCUUGUGAUAGAAUAAAUGUG